GGGCGGGACCCGGAAGUACUUAAGGAUCUCGGCUGGAACGCGGCGGACGCGUCUGGCUGGGUCGUAUGUUGACGAUUUUCCGCGUUCGCUGGUCCUGCUGCCGCCGCCGCCGCCGCCCCCGCCACCGUCGCCACCAUGGGGAAGCGACAGCACCAGAAAGACAAGAUGUACAUUACCUGUGCUGAAUACACUAACUUCUAUGGUGGCAAGAAACCAGAUAUCCCACAAACAAAUUUUCGUCGUUUACCUUUUGACCACUGCAGUCUCUCUCUGCAGCCCUUCAGCUACCCGGUCUGCACCCCUGAAGGCGUCGUCUUUGACUUGCUGAACAUCCUUCCUUGGCUUAAGAAGUACGGGACCAACCCCAGCAACGGCGAGAAACUGGACGGGCGGUCCCUGAUUAAACUGAACUUCGCAAAGAACAGUGAAGAGAAGUACCACUGUCCAGUGCUGUAUACCGUGUUCACCAACAACACCCACAUCGUGGCCAUCAGGACCACCGGCAAUGUCUAUGCCUACGAGGCAGUGGAGCAGCUCAAUAUCAAGGCCAAGAACUUCCGAGACCUGCUGACGGACGAGCCCUUCUCCCGGCAGGACAUCAUCACCCUCCAGGACCCUACAAAUUUGGACAAAUUCAACGUCUCCAACUUCUUUCAUGUGAAGAAUAACAUGAAAAUAACCGACCCAGAUGAAGAAAAGGCCAAACAGGACCCAUCUUAUUAUUUGAAAAAUACCAAUGCCGAGACCCGAGAAACACUGCAGGAGCUCUACAAGGAGUUCAAGGGGGAUGAGGUCCUGGCGGCCACCAUGAAAGCCCCAGAGAAGAAGAAGGUGGACAAGCUGAAUGCGGCCCACUAUUCCACUGGGAAGGUGAGCGCCUCCUUCACCUCCACCGCCAUGGUUCCAGAGACCACCCACGAAGCAGCCGCCAUUGACGAGGACGUGCUGCGCUACCAGUUUGUGAAGAAGAAGGGCUACGUGCGGCUGCACACCAACAGGGGCGACCUCAACCUGGAGCUGCACUGCGACAUGACACCAAAAACCUGCGAAAACUUCAUCAAGCUCUGCAAGAAGCAGUAUUACGAUGGUACCAUCUUCCACAGGUCCAUCCGGAAUUUUGUGAUCCAGGGAGGUGACCCCACUGGCACAGGCACAGGUGGGGAGUCUUACUGGGGAAAACCCUUCAAAGAUGAGUUCCGGCCCAACCUCUCGCACACGGGCCGGGGCAUCCUCAGCAUGGCCAACUCGGGGCCCAACACCAACAAGUCUCAGUUCUUUAUCACCUUCCGCUCCUGCGCUUACCUCGACAAGAAGCACACCAUCUUCGGGCGGGUUGUUGGGGGCUUUGACACACUAACAGCCAUGGAGAAUGUGGAGAGUGACCCCAAAACUGACCGCCCUAAGGAGGAGAUCCGCAUCGACUCCACCACGGUGUUUGUGGACCCCUACGAGGAGGCUGAUGUUCAGAUCGCCGAGGAGCGGAAGAAGACACAGCUCGCCGAGGCAGCCCCCGAGAGCACAGUGAAGAAAAGCCAGUCCAAGUCAGGGAGCCAGGGCCCCCCAACCUACCGCCAGGGGGUGGGCAAGUACAUCAACCCUGCAGCCACGAAACGUGCAGCUGAUGAGGAACCAUCCACCAGCGCAGCUGUCCCCGUGGCCAAGAAGAAGCCCAGUGGAGGUUUCAAGGACUUCAGCGCGUGGUAGCAGCAGGCCUGCUGCUCGGACCCAGCCUGUGCCCGCCCGGCUUCCCUUCUCCUGACCUUGACACUACCUCAGCUCUCCUGAAGUGCCUGCAGAAGCCGCGGACAGCUGCCUCCUCCCGGGAGCUGUCUCCUCUACCCUGGGGCUCUAAAAGAUCCCUGUUCCCCUCACACCUCUUCUCAACGCCAAGAUCCUUGGGUCGGCACAGCCCACCACCUCCUCCCGCUCAACACGCUGAAUUCUAACUCCGUUUCAUCCUUGGUUUCUCACCCCAAACCUCAAUUCUGUCAGUAAGUCUCGACAGUUCUUCCAGAAUGCACCUGGCUCUUCUCCCAGCGCUGAUGCUCAACACCAGGCCCAAGCCCGGUGUCUCACCUGCCUCCUCCUCGCCCUCGUGCACGGCCACACCGACGCUGAGUCACCGUCCCACAGCUGCUGACCUGACAGUGGCUCUCCACUGUGCCCAUCAGCUGUCUAGCUCCUCUGCACCUUUAGUCACAGUGGUCCCUCGCUUCUUCAUGACCCCUUCACGCUACCCUCCAAGCUACAGAUGUCUGCGAACUCACUCGGGAAAGGCUGUUUGCGCCAGCGAGGUCUCUCCAAGAGCCUGGCAGACCCAGGAGGCGGCAGGCAGGUGGGUGUGUGACAGCACAGGGCCCGGCUGCCUCUGGAGGAGACCCUGUGCUCCCGUGGGAGCGGCGUGGCCCCGGGGCCUGUCCCUCAGCAGCAGAGCCGAGCACCUGCUACUGCAAAGGAGACGCUGGACAUGGAAGCUUUAUUUCUGAACCUCACACUGACACAGGCAGGGGAGGCUGUGUGCGCGCAGAGGGGGACCUCCGGGCUAGGCCAGGCUGCAGCCCCACGGAGCGGCCCCCAGGGCGGCCCAGAGCCUUUGACAAAUGAGGUUUACAUUCUGUAGGUUAUUUUGGAGCUUACAUUGUAGUUUUCCAGAAAUUAAAAGCACUUGGAUUUUUUAAGUACCUGGUGAGGUCAUCAGGUAAAUUAAAGGACUUUUGAAAAAU